AGGACUUUUCCGGGUGAAAAUUGAAAAGUGAUCAUGGAAAACCUGACGCAGAGUUUAUUGAGUAAUUAUUACGGCCUCGGCGGGGAGAGGAGAGAGGGGAAGGCAGUCGCCAGUCACGAGGGAUUUCGGAGGGAAUUGGGGGAGGAGGGCGCGGUGGAUGGAGAUGUCAGCGGAAAUUUUCAUCGGGAGGAUACUUCGGGGGGUGGACCGAGCUCUGAGACCCAGAUUGUUGAUUCAAACGAGACUAACGGAGCCGUCAACGGUGUCGUUCACCCUUGGCGAGCGUUCGCUGAAGUUGAUCUCAACGACGAAAUAGUUGACGAUGAAGAAGUGGAUUUGGAGGUGGGGAAUUCCCAGAUAGAAAUGCCGGAGGAAGGCAGGUCUGGCUUUCCAAAAUUGAUAAUCCCGGAUAAAGAUGUGAGGGAUGAAGCCGCCGAGCUCGGAGUGGCUGACGACGUGGUUCUGGACAGUGCGUCGGACGUUUCUACAAUGUCAACGAAGAAGAAAACGAGGAAGAAAUCGAGACUGAGUGCCACCGGACCCAGCGACCCGCAGCCGCUCAUCCUCAUGCCGCCGGUUCCGAAGAGAAAUCCGAUAAUCAAUAAGGAGUUUUGCGACAUGACGAACGCCUCGAUCAUCGAGUUUCCCAGCAAUUUACUCGAAGAACUGUCAACUAUUCGCAUGCUGUAUCUCGAGAACAACAGCCUCAACGAAUUACCAGAGCAACUAUUCACGUCCCUGAGCUUCCUCCAGUGGCUGGACGUCCGGAAUAACUGGCUGAAGACACUUCCGCCGACGAUUAAACAUCAUCAAUGCCUCGAGACGAUUUUACUUCAAGGGAAUAGAAUCGAAAAAUUACCUCUGGAACUCUGUCUCGUACCGAACCUGAAGACACUCCACACAGCCGGCAACCCUUUGACUUCCCCUCCCCCCGAGAUAAUCGCCCAAGGACUCGCCUCCACCAUGAAUUUCUUGAGGAAAGAAUGGAAUAUGGAGUAUCCGAAUGACCCAGUGACCCCUCCCCAAGAAGUGAAGUCAGCGUCGACGAUCCUCUGCGACGAUCCGCCAGUGCUCACCUCCUCGAGAUCUUCUGGACUCCUGAAUCGCUCAUCUAUGUCAGCCCUCUCGAAAUCCCUGAAGACGCUGUCUACCCGGGAAAAAUCGCGGAAUUACCGGCCCAGCAACAGGUGCAGAAGUAGUGGAGGCGAUUCUACGCUGGAGGAAAAAAUUCGGUGGAUUUCGAAAGUCAGGGAGAUCCUCAUCAAACAGGCUGCUGAGAUCCAGAGGACAAAAGAUCGGGAGAUUUUGAGGGAGUGGAGAGAAGAUCGCAGAAGUUUCGAAAAAAGCAUGAAGAAAGCUGCUAGUCGAACACAAGAAGGAAUUCCAUACGAUAUCGACUGCUCCGACACGCCCUUCCUCACCAUAAAGAAAUUGCAAAAACCCCCGAACCCCUCGAAUCGAAGGAAUAUCAAACUCUCUGGAGACAUGGAUAAAAAAAUGUUCGAGAUAAUUGAAUCCCUGCAGCAUUACCAAUCGAAGAAUAAGUCUGCCUCCCUGAAUGCUGACCUGCAAUUGGAAUUACUUCACUCGGAAAUAAUAAGGAUCGAAACCCUUUACGAAGAGAUUCAGGCCCUGAAACGGCAGAACAACGCGUCCUACAGGAAAUACAAUGGCCCCCCAAUCUCCAGCAACUCCAAACGCUACGACCCACCCCCAUCAAUAAUAGUUUAAUGACUAAAAUUAAUAAAAAACACAACAGACUCAG